AUGGCUUCGAUCGUUCAAUCACUUUCGGUGCCGUCGACCUACAAGGACCAACAAUACCAGGGCACCUCCUCUCAGCUUGCACUGGACCUCGCCAACUCGACCACCCUCUACGUCGGAAACCUGUCCUUCUUCACCACCGAGGAACAGAUCUAUGAACUCUUUUCCAAAUGCGGCGAGAUCAAGCGUAUCAUCAUGGGGCUUGACCGCAACCAGAAGACUCCCUGCGGCUUCUGCUUUGUCGAAUACUACCAUAAUGCGGACGCACUGGAUUGCAUGAAAUAUAUCAACAGCUCAAAAUUGGAUGAACGUAUCGUCCGUUCAGAUCUGGAUCACGGAUACAGAGAAGGACGUCAGUUUGGUCGUGGACGGAGUGGUGGUCAGGUCCGUGACGAAUACCGUCUGGAAUUCGAUGCCGGUCGUGGAGGUUGGGGACAUGUCCGUGCCAAACAGGAGGCUGAGCGUGAGAGAGACCAGAAGGCCAACUAUGAGGCUAUUACCACCAUCCCCGAGGGUGCUAACCUCGACUACAAGGACAGGAAAGAUGAACCAAGCAAGAGAUCGAGGGAUGAAGAAGAGGACGAGGAAGAACAACAGCGGUCCAAGACAAAUCCUCGCUUCAGGGAAGGUGAUGAAGAGGAGGAGGAUGCGUAA